AUGAACAAUGAGCAACCCUUCACGCAAGCACACGCAGCGACAGCCAAGCUCACGCGGCGCAACAUCGAGAUCAUCUCGGGCCUCGCCGCCGGGUUCGCCACCACGAUAACGACGCACCCGCUCGACGUCAUCAAAGUGCGACUCCAACUCUCGCAUCAAACCGCUUCGGGUUCUUCCCACAAGCCGUUCCAUUCCAUCAGCUCGGUGCUCCGACGGAUCAACCACGACGCCAUUGUGCUGUCGCAGCGGAACCACUGGCUGAGACCAGUCAACCUCAUGUUGGAGGCGUAUCGCGGUCUAGUGCCGAAUCUAGUGGGCAACAUCUCGGCGUGGGGGCUAUAUUUCACCUUGUAUGCCGAGUUCAAGCAACAUGUUCAUUUCGCGAGCGACACCUUGACUUAUUUCACCAGCUCGACUCUUGCGGGCUUAACUACCUCGGUUAUCACGAACCCCAUCUGGGUUUUGAAGACGAGGAUCUUGGGCGAGUCUCGAGGUGAGCCGGGCGCGUAUCGCUCGCUUGCCGAUGGUGUCAGGAAGAUGCUUCGGCGCGAAGGCGUGGCGAGUUUCUGGAAGGGGGCCAUCCCGAGCAUGUUUCAAGUUUUCCAAGCGAGUUUACAAAUUACGAUAUAUGACCAAUUGAAGAACUACCACAUCCGGGGGAAAAAGAAACUGCAGCAGUUGCAUUCGUGGCAGUAUCUAUACAUCUCGGCCACCUCGAAAAUCUUCAGCAGUUUGAUCAUGUACCCGGCGCAAGUUGUCAAAUCUCGGUUACAGAAUAGCCAUGGCGACUUGAGUAUCUUGCAAGUGGUGAAGAACUUGUAUUUUAACGAAGGUGGAUACGCGGCGUUUUACAAAGGGUUGAGUGCGAAUAUCCUCCGAGUGUUGCCUGCUACUUGCAUCACUUUUGUCACUUAUGAAAGUGUCAAAAAGUACUUGACUUUGCAUGUGUGA